CUUUACAAUUGAUUCGACAUGAUGAAACAUUUAUUCUCCCUCGCUGCCUCGCUCGGUGCAAUCGGUGCAUCUAUUGUUUCUCAGAAAAGCGCUCGUGGCACCCUGACGUUCACAUAUUCUCCCAACAUCACACGCGUCACAAUCUCGAAUCCGCCAAUCAAUGUCUUCGACGCCAAUCUUGCCUCAGAUCUCCUUGAAUUCCUCCUCUCCAUUCAACCUUCGAAUACCAUGCCUCUGAGUCCUCCAAAAGUCGUCAUCCUCGCGUCUGCGGACGCAGAUUUCUUCAUCCCCCAUAUUGAUCUUCUUUCUAUACUCCCACCUCAGACAGCGGCCAAAACUGCCUUCCUCGACUCCUGCACCCAGGUUACCGCGCUCCUUCGCAACACUACGACUACUGUAUUCAUCACAGAGAUCGAUGGCCGCGCUAGUGGAAUAGGUGACGAGAUCCUGUUGCAGACAGACCUGCGCUUCGCCGGCCCUGGCGCACGGCUGAGUCAGUUGGAGACAGCUGUCGGAGUGUUCCCCGGCGGGGGUGGUAUGAAGGCUUUACCAAGCCAGAUAUCCCGUGCGCGUGCAUUGCAAUACGCUUUGACUAACGAGGCAGUGGGUGGAGCUAAAGCCGCGGAUCUGGGUUGGGUGAACGGGUACUUUGACUCCAAGGAGACAUUGAGGAUGGGUGUAGAUGAGGUUGCUAGAAAAAUUGCACUGAGACCGGCAGGAGCGCUGGAGGGAGCAAAAAGAGCACUUCCGAGGCUGUAUCCUCAUGAGGCCGAGUAUGAGGACGAUUUGAAGAAAUUUUCAGACUUGGCCGGAAGCGAAGAAACGGCGGCUUUGGUAAAAGGAUACAUCGAAUUAAGUGAGAAUCAAACCAGAGGAUGGUUUGAGCUAGGUGUUCCGGAGUCGCUCGAGGAGUUGUUUUAGUUGUAUACAUUGUAUAGAGAUAGAAGCGACUGAG